UUCUGUCUCUUCCUUCUCCGACUCCGAGUUCUAAGUCUUGCUCACCACGUUUGCAAUUCUCUCUUUCGUUCUCUCUCCCACUAACUCCUUUUCUAUCUAUAUAUAGCUUUGCAGCCACGGAUUUCCCCACUAGCCAAAACAACAAGAAUAAAGGGGUCUUCCUCUCCCCUUUUGUUUAUUGGCGAGCGAAGCACCAAAAACCUCUCAAAACACUAAAACACCUCUCUCUCUCUCCAAAAAAAAAAAAAAAAAAAACGAAAAACAUCUCAAAACGAUGCAUCUCUUUGAUUCGACAAACACUGCUACUGCUCUCCUGAACAAUCUUUUAAAUUCAUCUUCCAGCUUAAUGGAUUCAGCUACUUAUUUUCUCCUUAAACCCAUUUUCCUACGUGGCUUUACUGCUUCAUUGCACCUUGUUUUGUUACUUGCUCUGUUUGUCUCCUUUGUGCUUAAAAAGCUCAGGGUGGGUGAUGGUGUUCAAGGUUCUAAAGAGAGGUUUAGCAAUAACAAGAGGUUUUUUUUCUACAAACAGACUCUCUUCUGUUCUUUAGGUGUUUCAUCGCUUAAUCUUGUCCUGUCUUUAGUCAGCUACUUCUAUUGGUAUACAAAUGGUUGGUCUGAUGAUAAACUAGUGACCCUUUUAGAUUUUGUGCUUACUGCACUGUCUUGGGCUGCACUUUCAGUUUAUCUUCACACCCAACUCUUCAAUUCAGGUGAAACAAAGUUCCCUUUUUUGUUGAGAGUCUGGUGGGCUCUUUUUUUCUCAAUUUCUUGUUAUUGUCUUGUUGUAGAUUUUCUUGUUUUUCACAAACAUGGGUCCUUUGAGAUACAGUAUUUAGUAUCUGAUUUAGUCUCUGUUUUCACUGCCUUUUUUCUCUGUUAUGUGGGGUUUUUGAGAAAUGAGUGUCAAGAUACUCUUCUUGAACAACCCCUUUUGAAUGGUGAUUCUAGUUCAAUUAAUGGUUUAGAGUCAAGUAAGUCCAGAGGAGGUGAUAGUUUGACCCCUUAUGCAAAUGCUGGCCUUUUCAGUAUUCUUACCUUCUCUUGGAUGGGUUCUCUGAUUGCUUUUGGCAAUAAGAAAACUCUAGACCUUGAAGAUGUUCCUCAACUUCAUAGUGUUGAUAGUGUAGUUGGAGCAUUCUCAGUUUUUAAAAAUAAGCUUGAGUCAGAUAGUGGUGCUGCUAGUAGAGUUACGGCUUUCAAGCUCCUCAAGGCAUUGCUCUUGUCUGCUUGGAAAGAAAUUCUAUUGACAGCUUUGUUGGCAAUAAUAUACACCUCAGCUUCUUAUGUUGGUCCUUACCUUAUUGAUUCUUUUGUUCAAUGCCUUGAUGGGCGAGGAGAAUACAAAAAUCAGGGAUAUAUUUUAGCUUCGACCUUUUUUGUUGCCAAGGUUGUAGAGUGCCUCUCACAGAGGCACUGGUUCUUUAGGUUGCAGCAAAUUGGAAUUAGGCUCCGUGCUGUAGCAACCACGAUGAUUUACAACAAGGCUUUAACCCUUUCCAGUCAGUCAAAGCAGGGCCAGACUAGUGGGGAAAUCAUCAACAUCAUGACGGUUGAUGCAGAGAGAAUUAGUGAUUUUAGUUGGUACAUGCAUGAUCCGUGGUUGGUCAUCUUGCAAGUUGGUUUGGCCUUGCUGAUACUGUACAAAAAUCUGGGGCUUGCAACAGUUUCUACUUUUGUUGCAACAAUAGUUGUCAUGUUGUUAAACUAUCCACUGGGGAGAUUGCAAGAGCAUUUUCAAGACAAGUUAAUGGAAUCAAAAGAUAAAAGAAUGAAGGCUACCACUGAGAUUUUAAGGAAUAUGAGGAUUCUCAAGUUGCAGGGGUGGGAAAUGAAGUUUUUGUCUAAGAUUCUUGAUCUUAGGCAAGUAGAGACAGGAUGGUUGAAGAAAUAUGUUUAUAAUUCAGCAAUGAUCAGUUUUGUCUUCUGGGGGGCUCCUAGUUUGGUGGCUGUGGCCACUUUUGGUACUUGCAUGCUUAUCGGAACCCCUCUUGAAUCAGGGAAGAUCUUAUCUGCACUUGCAACAUUCAGGAUUCUUCAAGAGCCAAUCUAUAAUCUUCCUGAUACGGUUUCUAUGAUAGUUCAGACCAAGGUUUCCCUGGACAGAAUUGCAUCUUUCAUUAGUCUUGAUGACUUGAAGAAUGAUGUGUUAGAGAAGCUUCCAAUAGGUAGUUCUGAUACGGCAGUUGAGAUCGUGGAUGGGAAUUUCUCUUGGGACGUUUCUUCGCCUAGUGCAACAUUGAAAAAUAUAGACUUCCAAGUGUUCCAUGGCAUGAGAGUUGCUGUUUGCGGAACAGUUGGUUCAGGCAAGUCAAGCUUACUUUCCUGCAUUUUGGGUGAAGUACCCCAAAUCUCAGGGACUCUCAAGAUAUGUGGGACAAAAGCCUACGUUGCCCAGUCACCUUGGAUACAGAGUGGCAAGAUUGAAGAGAACAUAUUGUUUGGUAAGGAUAUGGACAGAGAGAGAUACGAAAGGGUACUGGAGGCAUGUUCCCUGAAGAAGGACCUUGAAAUUCUGUCAUUUGGUGAUCAAACAGUUAUUGGUGAGAGGGGAAUCAAUUUAAGCGGUGGACAGAAGCAAAGAAUUCAGAUAGCACGGGCUCUGUACCAAGACGCUGAUAUCUAUCUUUUCGAUGACCCUUUCAGUGCUGUGGAUGCUCAUACAGGAUCUCAUUUAUUUAAGGAAGCUUUGCUUGGGCUUUUGAAUUCGAAAACUGUUAUUUACGUUACUCAUCAAGUCGAGUUCUUACCUGCUGCUGAUCUAAUUUUGGUCAUGAAAGAUGGAAGGAUCACACAAGCUGGAAAAUAUGAUGACAUUCUCAAUUCAGGAUCUGAUUUCAUGGAACUUGUUGGUGCACACAAGGCAGCUUUAUCAGCAUUUGAUUCCAAACAAGCAGAAUCGGCUUCUGAAAAUGAAAGUGCCGGGAAGGAAAACAGUAGCGGGGAUAGGAUUUUGCAAAAAGAAGGAAAUAAGGAUUCUCAAAAUGGUAAAGAAGAUGUGGUAGCUGGGCCAAAAGCACAGCUCAUUCAAGAAGAAGAGAGAGAGAAAGGUAGUGUUGGGUUUCCUAUCUACUGGAAGUUUAUCACAACAGCAUAUGGUGGAGCUCUUGUGCCCUUCAUAUUAUUGGCACAGAUUCUCUUUCAGAUCCUUCAAAUUGGUAGCAAUUAUUGGAUGGCAUGGGCAACUCCUGUGUCAAAGGAUAUGAAACCUGUUGUCAGUGGAUAUACUCUAAUAAUGGUCUAUGUAUGUCUGGCUAUCGGAAGUUCAUUUUGCAUCCUCGCUAGAGCUACACUUCUUGUAACAGCAGGGUACAAAACUGCAACUCUACUCUUUAAUAAAAUGCAUCUGUGCAUUUUUCGUGCCCCCAUGUCCUUUUUCGACUCAACUCCUAGUGGAAGAAUCCUAAACAGAGCUUCUACUGAUCAAAGUGCGGUUGAAACACAAAUUCCAUAUCAAGUUGGAGCACUUGCCUUCUCAUCUAUUCAACUUCUGGGAAUCAUUGCAGUUAUGUCUCAGGUGGCUUGGCAAGUUUUUAUCGUUUUCAUCCCUGUCAUUGCUGCCUGCAUCUGGUAUCAGCGAUAUUAUAUACCUUCAGCAAGAGAACUUUCAAGGUUGGUUGGGGUAUGCAAAGCUCCAGUUAUCCAACAUUUUUCUGAAACAAUUUCAGGAGCAGCAACUAUCAGGAGCUUUGAUCAACAAUCAAGAUUCCAAGAAACAAAUAUGAUAGUAACAGAUGCAUAUUCUCGGCCCAAAUUUCAUGCUGCUGCUGCAAUGGAAUGGCUUUGCUUCCGCCUUGAUAUGUUCUCUUCUAUUACGUUUGCUUUCUCUUUGGUUUUCUUAGUCUCUUUUCCAAAGGGAAUUGAUCCAGCCAUUGCGGGCUUAGCAGUGACAUAUGGACUCAACCUGAACAUGUUACAAGCUUGGGUAAUAUGGAAUUUAUGCAAUUGUGAGAACAAAAUCAUAUCAGUAGAGAGAAUUCUUCAGUACAUGUCCAUUCCUAGUGAGCCUCCUCUCAUAAUAGAAGCAAGCAGGCCAAACCGUUCUUGGCCAUCACAUGGUGAAGUUGAAAUUAAUAAUCUGCAGGUCCGGUAUGCCCCACAUAUGCCACUUGUUCUGCGUGGUCUCACUUGCACUUUCCCAGGAGGUAUGAAAACUGGUAUUGUAGGGAGGACAGGCAGUGGCAAAUCGACUCUCAUACAGACUCUUUUCCGUAUUGUUGAACCUGCUGCUGGUCGCAUUAUGAUUGAUGAUAUUGAUAUCUCAUUGAUUGGACUGCAUGACUUGAGGUCAAGACUAAGCAUUAUUCCUCAGGAUCCAACCAUGUUUGAAGGGACUGUACGAAGCAAUCUGGACCCCCUUGAAGAGUACACGGAUGAACAGAUUUGGGAGGCUCUGGAUAAGUGCCAACUAGGAGAUGAAGUUAGAAAGAAGGAAAGGAAGUUAGACUCCACAGUGAUCGAGAAUGGAGAGAACUGGAGUAUGGGUCAGAGGCAGCUAGUAUGUCUUGGGCGUGUGCUACUGAAGAAAAGUAAGGUGUUGGUCCUUGACGAAGCUACUGCCUCAGUUGACACGUCUACCGAUAAUCUAAUUCAGCAAACUUUAAGGCAGCACUUCUCCGAUUGUACUGUUAUAACCAUCGCACAUCGGAUAACUUCUGUUCUUGAUAGUGACAUGGUUUUGCUUUUGAGUAAUGGGCUCAUUGAGGAAUAUGAUUCUCCAGCAAGAUUGUUAGAGAACAAAUCUUCGUCAUUUGCACAACUUGUUGCAGAGUACAGAGUCAGGUCAGAUACCGGUUUUGAGAAAUUUAACUGAACUAAAUGAUAUGGCUGCUGCUGAAAUGAAUUAUCAUGUGUUUAUGUUUUCUCGACGACGACGACAACUGAGGCAUCAUCACGACCAUCUGAAUCGUGUCCUAUCAGGAACUGUAGUUUUGGUAACCAAGACAGUUAUAGUUAGUGUAUUUCACGCAAGAAGUUUUGCUUCUAAUGACAUUAUAUAUAUAUAUAUAUAUGUUGACGUUGUUGUAGUUUGUGAAUUGUGAGCUUUACUCUGCUUACAGCAAAGGCUUGCAUGUAUUCUGGCUCAAGUUAAAUCAAUUUUUGGUGUAGAUUUUUCUGCCACCUUGAAUUUAA